AUGAACGACGGAAACCUCCACGACCCUUUGCGCAUGGACUUGCAGCGGCAGACACAAAAAUUGGUCGCACAUCUACCUGCUGAGAGUCCAUUCGUUACCGCUCUGCAAAAUAUCUCUUCGCGGCAAGCUUUGCUUGACAUAGUAUCUCGGCUACUACUCCUACCUCAAUAUACUAUGCUUGUUGCUGGCCUGUUCCGACCGGUGCUUCUUGAUCUAUGCGCUCGCUGGCUGCAUCAGGACGGCGACGAGCUAGAGAAAUUUGAAGCUCUCUGUCUACUUCUCGAGAUCUACCAAGAGCUGUAUCCUAUGCUGCUAGCUAUCUUACGCUCCAAAAGGUUCGAGGGAGGACCACUACUCUUUUUCACCGCAUCCCAAACCAUACCGAGCAUCCCUUCACAUCCGCUGCACCGCGUGCUGCUCGCCUACUACCGCCUCCUUCAAGCUAAUCGUGUCCUCCCUCGUCAUCUCGGCUGGUCUCUCACACCACUUUCCCAACUCAUUUGGGCACCACAUCCGGACAAUGGGGUCCGCUUUCUGGCCAUCAGAUGCUACGCGCUGCAGGCGGGUAUGAUGGAGGGCGAACGCGUAAAGAUGGAGAAGGAGGUACUGGGCGAGGUUUCGGAAAUUGAUUGUCCCAUUGACUUUGACACCAACCUGGACGGGACUGCACGUCGGGUCGACGGAUGGAUCAUGCCGGUGUUGGAGCUGGAGCGGAUUGCGCAAGGGAGGGAUGCGCUUCUCGAGCCUCAAGACUUCUACAAUCACGAAGAAACUGACUCUAGCGAGCCUAUUCAUCCGGCAGAGCUGAGUCCAUUGACAGCGAACGUCCAUGGCGUUCUGAUGCUUCGUUCCUCCCCUCCUACGCAAUUCAUCGCGUCCCUUAUCGAUACUCCCACAGCUAUACGCGCCUUGCGUCACAUCGCUCUCCAGUUAUCUCUGCGGCUUCCGAUCCUCCUCACGUCGGCACCAUCUUCUGGAAAGUCGCUUCUCAUAUUUCACAUGGCUCAGUUGCUGUUUCCGGACACUCGCAAUCAUGUCGUGACUAUCCACCUUGCUGACACGUCGUUGGAUCCCCGUUCGCUGUUGGGAUCGUACGUGUCUUCGCCGACGCGCCCGGGCACGUUCGAGUGGAAGGAGGGUGUGCUCGUUCGUGCCAUGCGAGAAGGGAAAUGGGUGGUCCUAGAGGACGUGGACCGGGCGACGAUGGAGGUUCUCGGCAUCAUCAAGCCUCUUGUCGAGUCGCUUGGCCCGGAUAAGUGGGUGGGUGGUUGUGCACGUCUGGAGGUGCCAAGUCGUGGUACUGUUGAAGCGGAAGAUUCGUUCGCGUUAUUCGCGACGCGUUCUCUGCAGCCCUCCCGCACCGGCGCGUUCCCCAGCCCUACAUUCUUCGGUGCGCACAAGUUCUUCGAAAUCGUGGUGGAGUCGCCAACUGCCAGCGACCUUCGGAUCAUCAUCGAUACGAAGUUCCCUCGGUUGGCUGGUGCGCCCGCCCAGGGUCUCAUCAACCUGUGGGAUGGUGUGCGUGCCCUCGGCAGCCAAGCAUCCACUCGCGAUAUUGGCCUUCGCGAGCUCGAGAGAUUCUGUAUGCGCGUUAGCGGGCUGCUUCCUGCUAGCUAUCAACCGAUGGACGUCGAUGAGGAUCCAACUCAACCCACAAGCCUCGCGCGGGUCUUCGCCAACCCCACCGUACGGGAGGACAUCUUCCUGGAAGCGCGCGAUAUCUUCUUCGGGGCUGGUGCAACUACAGCAUCUGGUCGCGCGCACCUGGAGGCCAUCACACACGUUAUCGCAGGUCAUCUUGGCCUAUCAGACGAGCGUAGGGACUAUAUUCUUCACAGCCGUGUCCCUGAUUUCGACACCGAAAGGGACGUGAACGGGCGCAUCACCGCGGUGCGUGCUGGGCGCACGCGCCUCCCCGCACGCUCCGCCAAGAUGGAGAUUGCGCCACCCGUGACGCGGCCGUUCGCGAUGCACAGGCCUGCGGUCUCGCUGAUUGCGCGCCUCGCUACGGCCAUUUCGCUUGCGGAGCUUGUGCUUCUUACCGGGGAGACGGGUACGGGAAAGACGAGCGUGGUGACGCACCUCGCGUCUCUCCUCCGGCGUCCGCUCAUCUCGUUGAACUUGUCGAACCAGACGGAGUCGUCGGAUAUACUUGGCGGGUUCAAGCCUGUCGACGCGCGUGUGCCUGGCGGGGAGCUGCAGGAGCGCUUCUUGGAAAUGUUUGGCGGGACGUUCAGUCGGAAGAAAAACGCGCACUUUGAGGAGUCGGUCCGGAAGGCGGUGCAGGAGCGCAAGUGGAAGCGCGCCGCGGCUCUAUGGUUGGAAGCUGUCAAGCUUGCGAAGGACAGGAUUAGGAAGAAGCAAGCCGAGGAAGACGCUAAGGAGCUCGAGGGAGGUGCUCCGCGCAAGCGGAGAAAGGUUGAGGGUUCUGGGCUGAAUGUGCCCAUGGCGGCUUGGGAGGCGUUCGAGCGCGAUGUCCAGACAUUUGAGGUGCAACACGUGCAAGGCAAGAGCAAGUUCGCGUUCGCUUUCGUCGAGGGCCCGUUAGUGAGGGCUUUGCGCAACGGUGACUGGAUUCUGCUAGACGAAAUCAACUUGGCGACACCUGAGACACUCGAGUCCAUCUCGGGGCUGCUUCAUGGACCGACGGCGUCAAUUACCCUGACGGAGCAAGGCUCGCUGGAACCCGUUCCCCGUCAUCCCGACUUUCGCCUUUUUGCAUGCAUGAAUCCCGCCACCGAUGUCGGGAAGAAAGAUCUCCCACCCAAUAUCCGUUCUCGCUUCACUGAGAUUGACGUCCCUCCUCCCGACGCCGACAAGGAGACUUUGCUCACAAUCGUCGCCCAAUACAUUGGCGCCUCUGCGGUCGGUGACCGUGGUGCGAUCAUGGAUGUCGCGGACUUCUACACGGCUGUAAAGCGACUCUCGGAGGAACGACAGAUCGCUGACGGCGCGAAUCACAGGCCUCACUUCAGCAUGCGUACUCUUGCCCGCGCACUCACAUUCGCCGCGGACAUGGCGAGCGCGUACUCGUUACGGAGGGCACUCUGGGAAGGCUGUCUAAUGGCAUUCACUAUGGCUCUUGAUGGUCCGAGCGCAACAGCUGUGACAGCGCUCGCUCAGAAACAUAUCCUUGCUGGGGUGAAGAAUCCUCGCUCUCUCUUGGCGAAGGAACCACUCCCGCCUGGGGAUCCCAGUGCAUUCGUCAAGUUUGGUCCUUUCUACCUAGAGCGAGGCCCAUUGCCGGAAGACCCCGCAGAAGACUACAUCAUGACUCCGUCUGUCGAGACUAAGCUCGUCGACCUUGCCCGCAUCAUUGCAGCUAAGCGCUUCCCCGUGCUCAUCGAAGGUCCAACGUCCAGCGGAAAGACCAGUUCAAUCGAGUACCUUGCAAAGCGUACCGGACACAGGUUCGUGCGCAUCAAUAACCACGAGCACACCGAUAUCCAAGAAUACAUCGGUACUUACGUGUCCGACCCUGUGACGGGCAAGCUGGUGUUUAAGGAGGGUCUUCUCGUCCGCGCCUUGAGUCAAGGCGAUUGGAUCGUGCUGGACGAGCUGAACCUCGCACCCACCGACGUCUUGGAGGCUUUGAACCGUCUUCUCGACGACAACCGCGAACUCGUCAUACCGGAAACGCAGGAGGUCGUCCGCCCGCAUCCGCACUUCAUGCUCUUUGCAACGCAGAACCCGCCUGGUCUGUAUGCAGGACGGAAGGUGCUUUCUCGUGCCUUCCGCAACCGAUUCCUUGAGGUCCAUUUCGAGGAUGUGCCCCAGGCGGAGUUGGAGACGAUCUUGUGCCAGCGGUGUCGCAUCGCGCCUUCGUAUGGGCAGCGCAUCGUGAGCGUAUUCCGCGAGCUGCAGAAGCGCCGGCAGGCCAGUCGCGUCUUCGAGAGCAAGCAAGGGUUCGCCACUCUUCGUGACCUCUUCCGAUGGGCUGGUCGGGAUGCGAUGAGCUACGAAGAGCUCGCUGCCAACGGAUACAUGCUUCUUGCAGAACGUGCUCGUCGAGACGAUGACAAGGCUGUCGUCAAAGAGAUUAUCGAGUCCAUCAUGAAGGUCCGCAUCGAUGAGUCGAGUCUCUAUGACCUCCAGAAUCCGAAAUUCGACCCUGCGGAGUUCCUUGGAUGUACCAUCCCCUCGUCAUCGCAGGUUGUGUGGACGUCAGCGAUGCAACGUCUCUUCGUCCUCACGGCCCGUGCUCUCCGAUUCAACGAACCUGUACUACUCGUUGGAGAGACGGGGUGUGGGAAGACAUCGGUCUGUCAACUCUACGCGGAGGUUACGAGUCGCACUCUUCGGUCGGUCAAUUGUCACCAAAACACAGAGACGGCGGAUCUCAUCGGCGGUCUCCGACCUAUCCGCAACAAAGCGGUUAUUGAGGCUGAGACUUUGAAGGAGGUUUCUGCCGCCAUAUCGCAGCUCGGCAUUCUGAAUGUGACUGGAGAUGUGGAUUCUUUGACAUUCUCUAUCGACAGUCUCCUAAAGUCUAAAGCUGUACCCCCUGAGCAAGUCGCCGCGCUGCAAAAUCUUCGAUCUCGCUUGCAGAGGCUGUCUGCUCUCUUCGAGUGGCGCGACGGGCCUCUCAUCGAGGCAAUGCGCAACGGCGACGUGUUUCUGUUGGACGAGAUCUCUCUAGCGGAUGAUUCCGUACUCGAGCGGUUGAACAGCGUCCUCGAGACCGGUCGUACUAUAGUGCUCGCUGAACGCGGCGGAAACGAUUCUGACAUACCCGUCAUCAAAGCCGCUUCCGACUUCAAGCUCGUCGCGACGAUGAAUCCCGGUGGCGACUACGGCAAGAAGGAGCUUUCCGCUGCACUGCGCAACCGCUUCACGGAAAUAUGGGUUCCCCCGAUCACCGAUCGUCGCGACUUGGAAUGUAUCGUCCAGGCUCUUUGGAGGCACAACGCCUUGCGCGAGUUGACUCAGCCACUCUUGGACUUCAUUGAUUGGCUCUGUACGACCAUCGGCGAUCGAUCUUCUGCGAAUCUCCGAGACAUCUUGGCAUGGAUUAAUUUCUCUAACUCGGCGCUGAGCGACGACUCUACGGGUCAAAUGACUCCGAAUGUGAUUUUCCAUCAUGCAGCGGAGAUGACGUUCUUGGAUGGUCUGGGCUCCAUGCCUCAACUAUCAGCGUACUCGAAAGAAGCAUUAGAUCGCCUCAAGUCGGACGUUGCCGCGAAACUACAAGAGCUCGUUCCUGUAACCACCGUCGUUCAAGAGAGUCAGACGCUCGAGUACUUCCCGUCAAAAGUUCGAUUCAGCCUAUAUUCCAUUCCGAGAGGUCCACUACAGCCGUUGGCCCAGAACUUUAGACUCGAAGCGCCGACUACUCGCAAUAACGUCAUGCGUGUUGUUAGAGCCUGUCAACUCCCGAAACCCAUCAUGCUGGAGGGAAGUCCUGGGGUUGGCAAGACCAGCCUUGUUGCUGCUCUUGCAAACAUCUGUGGUCAUCACUUAUGCCGUAUCAACCUUUCCGAUCAAACGGACCUUGUCGAUCUCUUUGGGUCUGACCUCCCAGUCGAAGGUGGCCAGGCUGGACAAUUUGCAUGGAAAGAUGCCGAAUUCCUUCAAGCGCUGCAGGAAGGUCAUUGGGUUCUACUCGACGAGAUGAACCUUGCUCCUCAGUCCGUACUAGAGGGCCUUAACGCAGUCCUCGAUCACCGAGGGACUGUCUACAUCCCAGAACUAGGACGUUCAUUCCUCCGUCAUCCCUCCUUCCGCAUCUUCGCUGCGCAGAACCCUCUCCAUCAAGGGGGCGGUCGAAAGGGGCUCCCGAAGUCCUUCUUGAACCGGUUCACGAAGGUUUACGUGCAAGAGAUGUCUUCGAACGAUCUUCUACUCAUCUGUCGCAACAUAUUCCCCAAGUAUCCCCCCGACCUGCUUCAGAAGAUGAUUGCCUACAUGGCGGUCCUCAACGAAGAGACCAUGGUCAAGAGGUCGUUCGCCAGGGAGGGAGCACCAUGGGAAUUCAACCUACGCGAUGUCAUCCGAUGGGCAACUCUUCUUCAAAGCAACAACCCGCCUGACCAUCCAUCUCACUGCCUUUCUGCCGUCAUCUUACAGCGAUUUCGAACCACCGAAGACCGCGCUCGAGCCCAGCAGCUUUUCGCAGAGAUCUUCAAUAACGGAACUCAGGCUAGCCAACCACCAGCGUUCAUAUCGUCUUCUCACCUCCAGGUCGGCCACUAUGUCGGCGCGCGUGGGGGUCAUCUCUCCAGCGCUAGAGGAGGCCAUAUCCUCCAGGCUACGCUCGCGGCUCUAGAGUCUCUAGGCAUGUGUGUCGCUCAUGGCUGGCUGGCUAUCUUGGCGGGUCCGCGGAAUAGUGGUAAGACGACGUUAGUCAGGACGAUGGCUCACCUACUGGGUAAGAGUCUCAGUGAAGUAUCCGUCAACAAUGCGACAGACGCAUCAGACAUUCUGGGUAGCUUUGAAGAAACUGACUUGGGAUACCAUGUGAUGGAUCUCGUUCAUGAGGUUCUAGACUUGCUUGACGAGCUUUCGUACCUACCCCAUGGUUCGAAGCUUCAUGCUGCUACUGAUUAUGUCGCAAUGCUACGAGGCCUUACUAGGACAGCAAGCUCUACCGCUAUGCCUCAUAUUGCGGAAACCCUCACUCAAGUCUUGGACGCCUUGAACAACCUGCCCGAACCAUACCACACCCGAUUAUCUCAGGUGCGAGUUCAACUUCAGCGACUAUCAGCUCGGCGAUUGCAGGCUGUAUCUCUGGAAUGGGUCGACGGCCCGCUUGUCCGUGCACUCAAGGAAGGACGCUGGCUACUACUGGACGGCGCUAACCUCUGCAACCCUUCGGUUCUCGAUCGCCUCAACUCCCUCUGCGAAAUUGAAGGUUCCCUGGUGCUUAACGAACGCGGCGCUGUGAACGGUGAAACUCAAGUUCUUCGUCCGCAUCCCGACUUCCGCCUCUUCAUGUGCGCCGACGGUCAAUACGGCGAGCUAUCUAGGGCGAUGCGGAAUCGGGGUGUCGAAAUCGCUCUUACUGAUACGUUGGUCGAGGAAGACUGGGUUCGUGUAUUAGACCACAUCCGCUGCUCUCCGUCGGAGACGUACUUGGGGUUGGAUACUCGCCAAUCGGUCGGACGACAAUCACUCCUUCGACGUGGGCUCACAGACGCACACCCUUCCGAACAAAGAGUCACAACACCAUCGGCUAGCCGGCUUACAGGCGAAGAUUCGUCAAGUGCUUACGUCUCCAGUCUGGUACCGACGCUUGUCCCCUCUGUGAAAUCAUUGUCUUCUCCUCGUGCGGCUUGGUACUUCGUGGCAUCGAUCGCAGCCCCAAACGCUCUUCCAUUAUUCUCCCGCUUCCUAUCCUGCGACGCAUCCCCUUCUACCACGCUCCUAUCCUUCCUUCGGGCAUCGAUGGGGGUAGUGAAAUGUAGUCACAUAUACCGUACUACCAUUCUAAUGCGGAAGAAUAUCAGUCAAUCGUUGGACAUCCCGCCUGAUGCACUUCUCGCGCAGCCGCUAUACGCCACUCCUCAACGAGCAAGUGUACUGUCGGACACAACUGAGAACGAUCAACCUGACUCGCUGUUACUCCGGCACUUGCGUCUGCUGAUCGGUGCAACUAUUGAUUACGGAGAGCCCCUCGAAGAUGAGACGGGACAACAGAACGAGUACUCCAGCGAACGCGCUCGUGUUCAGGGUCGUGCUGCAGCAAGCGCCAAGCUACUCGUGGAGUCGAUCAGAAAUGCUGCGAUAGAGUUCCUGAACGUGACCGACUUCAGUGGCGCUUGCGACGAUGAUAUCGACCGACUAUCCGAGCUUGUGGCUUAUGGUCGUUUCUUGCGCCACGCAGUGCAGUUCCCAGAAACCUUCGACUUCUCCCUUGCCUUCGCAAUCGUUGAGUGGAUUCGGAAGGCUUUGCAACAUUCACAAGGUCGAUCGCAGGGUGUAUCUGAAGUCGCUCAACGCAUCAACGCGUUGGAAGGCAUCGUUUCCUUGACGUCCGGCAGCUGCUUGGUAGAGAUAUGGCGCACACUUUCCUCCGGCAUUCCUCCAGACGCCGACGGCAGUAUGACGAGGCACCUGGAUGAUGCUGAUCGCCGUCUCCACCGAUUUUCCAAUGACAUCAACUUGCGAAGACAGACACUCGAGCUUAUGUCUUUGUGGACCCUGCCGAAAGCCGCGUCUGAAGAACAGAAACGCUCGCUUGCGCAGUUGACGUCGCAGCUGGAGAGGCGUUUUGUCGAGGUUGAGACGGCGGAAUCGGGCGUCGGCCAACGCGUCGGAUUUUGCUAUUCCAUAGCACAACUUCGCGCGUUACAGACGGUGCUUGCGAAAGCGUCAGAAGCGCAGCAUGUCUUGCGGGACCUCAUCGACUACGGCAGUUCCGAUGGUCACAUCAGUUUGACCAGCCUGGUUCCAUACGUCCAACUGUCAUGGGCCAUUGAUGCGCGAGAAGGAAAUGAGGCAAUGCUGCAAGUAUUGGUGAAGUCGCAAACGCAGUGGUUUUCACAGCUCUGGGAGGCGGCGCCUGUCGCUGGGAUGGCUAGUCCCUCAGCUCUGUGUCAUCCUGUCGAGCUAUGCAGCACAAUUCUGAUUUGCGAUAAAUCGUUGAGGCCCAUGGAUAGCUUGCCGGAGUACGAGUGUGCUUUGAAGCGGCAGCUGGCAUUCCUGUCAGGAUCGCUUGUUGCUCAUGAUGGCCUGUGGGCACAGCUUCUCAGUUUGCUGGGGGGAACUGCACUUAAGGUGGCAUCUUGCCUGGCGUCCCAUCCUCCCUCGUCUUCAACACUCGCAGGCUCUUCUUCCCUCGCGGACGUUCUGUCGACUUUGGACAGCGUACCGAACCUGGCCUUCGUGGACGCUUAUCAAGUUCAUUUGCGCCCAUACCUAACGACGCUCUUGGAGGAUGGUGCCAUGCCCUCGUGGGCCGCGUUAGGCAGGUGUUGGAUCGCGCUUUCCAGGCUGCUUCUCCAUAUCUACGUGCCUAGCAUCCCUCUCGACCCUGCUGCGAUACAACAAUGUUCGCGGAAGUUCCGGUCUGAGCAACGAUCGCUCCUCCUAGAGGAGCUUGCUCUCCACCGCGACUACGAGCGGCGCACCUUCGGUCGGCGGACCAACCUAGCCAUCACGUACCUCUCCCAAGUAGUCGAGGGUCUGCAAAGUCACGCUGCGGACAGUGUUGAAGAGAACCCCCGGCGUUCGGACCUCGCACGGCUCCACGCAUACUGGACAGAGGUUUCUCAGUUCCUGGAGCAAGUCAUCAUCGCCCCGAAGAUCGAUGCCAUCGUCGAGGCUUUGGGAAGGCAGGAACAGUCGGCUUCGAUGCGCGAACAGGUCAUUGAGGAGUCCACAGCCGCGUUCUCCCAGCGACUUGACAGGGUAUACAGCGACUACACGGAUAUCAGUGCUCCAAUCCAGUUUGCUCUCCACCAGCUGAGAUUCGGUCUUCGACUCCUCGCCGACGCAAGCACCACCGCUCUAGCCAGCCAAGAGAGCAUGGUGGCGGAGGCACUCGUUUCUUUUCCAUCAUUUUGUGGAUCACAAGCCAUUCACGAGGAUACGACGCAGCAAACGAACAGCACGACUCUGUCUCUUGUCUUGUGGAAGCUGUCGACAGCUGCCUCUGAGAUUGCUUCGGGCACCGAGGUGGAGUCCUACAUGCCACUCGUGGAGAGCGUAUACGAGCAAUCGCUUGGUCUCUGGCUGGUCGACAAAGCUAGGAAGGAAGAGGCGGAGCGCGAAGCUCAAUCUCUAUACCGUCACAAGACUGAAGUCAAUGAUCCUGCAACAGAAGCCGAGCAAGAGGAGCAAGAGUUCCUGUCGCUCUUUCCGGAGUACGAGGACUUGCUGGAGACAGCGCCGUCUUCGACGACCGCGCAAGUCCGGAAGCUGGCCGAUCUCAUCGAUCCGCUUAACGUCAAGAGGCUCGCCACUCUCCAUCAACUUCUCUUCGGCUCUGUCCAUUUCUCUCCACAGGCGGCGUCCGCGAUCGACUCCAAGGAACUCCGAGCGACGCUUGUGCAUGACAUUCUCACCGACAAGGCGGCCUCCCUCCCAGAGACCUUGGACCGCUGCAGUCGCCCGUACCAGAUCUCCAUUCUGCUCGAUCGUCUCGCCGUCCUGCGCGAUGCGGCACGUGCGGAGCCCAGACCCUACAACUUCUAUACCGAUCCUAGUGUCCCUGAACUUCGAAAGUCCUCCGAUGUCCUGCAGCGCAUGUCGAUCAGGCUGGCGGCCCUCAUUCAGGAAUGGCCAGAUCAGAUGGUCUUGCAACAUCUCAAGACUCGCUGCGAUGCCAUCCUAACCCUCGAUAUAUUCAGUCCAGUCGCGAAGAUUUUGUCAGCGAUUGAGCAGCUUCUCCUACAGAUGGAAGAUUGGGAGAUGUACGCCAACAGAGAGAACACGCUCAAGACCUACCAACACGAGCUGGUCUCCUUGGUCGUUUCCUGGCGUCGCUUGGAGCUGUCUUCAUGGCAGGGCUUACUCCGCACCCAGGCCCAGGAGUUCGCAGAUGGGGCCUCGGAUUGGUGGUUCCGGCUAUACGAAGCAACAAUUCGUGGUGUCGAGGCUGCAUCGCAGGAGGAAGCAGAUGGGGACGUGGGAGCAUUGGCAAGAUAUCUCGAAGGGCUCGUGCCGCUCCUCGACUCAUACAUGAUGUCCAGUCCUUUGGGACAGUACAUUGCGCGUCUCAACCUCCUGCAAGCCUUCGAGUGUUACUGCCUUCGCCUCAGUCGUAGUCGAGCUGGGACGCGUUCAACCGGUUCGCGCCGUGCUCACCGCAUACUCCACUUCACUCGGAAGUACUAUUCGCAAUUCGUCCCUCGUGUGAACACAUCGCUCUCGUCGCAGCAGCAAGAGCUGGAGAAAGAGAUCCGGAACUUCAUCAAGCUCGCGAGCUGGAAGGACAUCAACGUGCAUGCUCUCAAGCAAAGCGCUCAGAGGACCCACCGCCAAUUAUACAAGUGCGUCCGGAAGUUCAGAGAGAUCCUACGCCAGCCCAUCACCGCGCACCUCGUUCCCGGGGUCGCUGGCUCCGACGAGGCGACUUCGACACCUGUGCUCCCUACACUUCGUCUCGAUUCCGACUACUCUGCACUUCCCAACUUCCACAGUAAUGCUCUCCGAUCCGACCAUCUCGUCAAUCUCGACCGUACAUUCCGGAAUUUCCAGUCCAUGCUUCGAGUGCGGCUCGGCGCUCUCAUUGGAUCUCUGUCGUCUGCCGACGUCGACGACCUCUCUGCGGAGAUUAUCGCAACACUCCAGAGCCUCGCGUCUUCCGCCCCUCCUCCCAACGCGACGAAGGAACAGAAAGAUAAGUUCCACAAGUCGCUUCUCGUCCGCAAGCGCAAGGCGUGGAGCGACCUCCUCAAGGAGCUCCGUCGCAUCGGUCUCGCCAUGAACAUCAAGCCUGAGGUCCUUGAGCAGCAGAGCAACCCCCGCUGGCUAAGAGAGCAGCCCGUCGUGGUGAAGCUCGCAGAGGAUGUCGGGCCGUUCGACAAGAGCGAGUCGUACUUCCUACGUCUCACAAAAUUGCUCCCAGAUCUUCGAGCGGCGUUGUCGAAUCACCAUCCAGACAUCGGUACUCGUGAUCUGCAGCGCGGUUCAGGCUUGGUAGAGUCUGCUUUCUCUCUCGCGGUCGAGGCGCGAGCAAGUCUCGUCGAGGCCAUCCAUCAAUAUCAGCAAUUGCAUGAGGUCACUUUGCGCCUCCAAACAGUCUCUCGCAACUCUCGCGUCGUUGCUUCCGAUCCUGAGCUAGGCCCUCGCGUUGUUGGCAUCAAAGAGGACCUCGGGAGGCUUGUCAAUGCUUUGGAGGAAACGUCGGCAAUUUGGAGGAAGUAUCUCCAGCAGCUGCCGGAGACCGAGGCGCUUCCCGCCGCUUUGGACGAGCUGCAAUCUGCACUGGCUUCGUCGCAGGAAAUGUUCCGUCGUAUGACUGAUGUGACGAGCAACGCCAAGUUACUCAUUGCUCCCAUUCUCCUGGAAGAUGAAGCUGCGACUGUGCAACAGGCUUUAGAGCACGUCCAGACGGUCAUCCAGCUUCUGAUGAGAUGGACGGAUGGUCCCAACGCCGUCGCGCACUUUGUCCGACCUCUCCUCCAGUGGCUUCAGAAUAGGGAGUCCUUCGCGUUCGUUCAGUGGACGCACCCCAACACCAACAGCCCCUCGGACUCGACUGCGCAGCUCAUCGAUCGCCUCCUGCUCUCAGUUCAAGGGAUCCUCGCACUUCCUCCACCGCCGACCGCGGAGCCAGACGCCUCCGAGACUCCUGACCGCUUCGUCCGCGAGCACACCCGCAUCAUUGGGCAGAUUACGCGCUGGCUCAAGCUGGACGAGGUUUCAUCCUUGCUCAGCUCCGUCGCGAGCGAAGCCACGCAUGCGCCACAAGACGAGCUCGAGAAACGCCUCGCGCGGGUCCUCCCUUUCCUCGACUCGUACCUCGAGCUCGCGCGCGCACAGCUGACGAACCACUGCGCGUGGACCAAGGCGCUCUUCAAGCUCGACUACGUCGUCUGCUCCGUCAUGCAUUCUGUCGCCAAAGACGGCUUCUGCAAGCCCCCCGAGGUGGCUGAGGCUGAGGCGGGCCGCGAGGGGGCCAUGGAGGACGCGGGGGGCAUGGGCAUGGGCGAGGGCACGGGGAACGAGAACGUCAGCAAGGAAAUCGAAGACGAGAGUCAGGUCGAGGGCCUGCAAGGCGAGGCGGGCGAGGACGAUGAUGUGGAGCGCGCGGAGGAAGGGAACGCGCUGGAGAUGAGCGAGGACUUCGGCGGGAAGAUGCAGGACGUACCGGAGAAGGAGGGUGAGGAGGAGGGGGAGGAGGAAGAUGAGGAGGAAGGCGAGGAGCCGGAGGAGCAGGUGGGCGAUCUGGACGCCACCGACCCGUCGGCGGUGGAUGAGAAGCUAUGGGGAGACGAGGCCGGGCCAGAGGAUGACAAGAAGGACCAGGGCAAGUCGGAACAGGACCACUCGGCGAAGCAGCAGGAGAAGGAGUCAGAGAUGGUCGCGAAGGAGGAGAUUCAGGGCAAGGGGAAGGGAAAGGAGAAGCCGAGUGACAAAGGACAGGAACAGGCGGCCCAGGAAGAAGGGGGAGAGCGCGAGGACGAAGGGAAGGAACCUGUUCCUGAGGACGCGGAGGCUGAAGAUGAGACUAUGGACGAUGGAGAACAGGAUCAACAGGGUGGCGCGCCGCUAGACGACUUCAUCCAAGAAGCAGAGACCCUAGACCUGCCGGACGACAUGGACUUCGGUCAGGAGGAGCGGAAGGACUCUCCGUUGGACGACGACAUCGAAAUGGAUGAGGAAGGAGACGAGGCGGCAGAGGAACGACCAGGGGAAGGCGAUCAGAAGGAUGCCGAAGAGGAAGAGAUGGAUGUUGAAGGCGAGAACCCACAAGCCAUGCCAGACGAUGCCACUCAACCCGAGGGUGCAACGGAGGAUAUAGUCGAUGCCACCGCUCAGCCCGAUCUUCAUGCGGGCACUGGACAGGACAGUGGCGAGGCUGGUGACCAGGCUAUGCCCGGGGCCCACCAAGGCGAGGGCGACCGAGGACCUUCGUCUUCCGGAGAAGCUGGAGGGCCCGAGGAACCUGCUGAGAAGGAGGAAGGCACACAAGAGGGCGCGUCUCAAGACGAGCGUGCACAAGAGCAGUCUGCCGAACCUUCUCAACGUGCCGAAGAGUCCGCUCAAGAAGGACAGGAAGGUACAGGUUCUGCUCGCGCCCAACAAGGCGCCGCUCCAUCUCAAGCGAGGACACAGCCCAUGCAGAGCAACCCGCUUCGGAGCCUAGGAGAUGCUCUCCGCGAGAUCAGCCAACGCAUCGACGAGAUCCUGGAGAGCUCUGGAACGCAAAGCCGUCCAGAACAGCAGAUGGACAGCUCUAGCCCAUCACAGCUCGAGUAUCUUCGUCCUACAGAGGACAAGGGCGCGGAUGAGAUGCAGGCCCUUGGGCCCGCACAGCAUGAGGACGUCGCGAAGCUCAACGAGCUCAAGUACCUCGACGAGGAUAUGGAGGCGAAGGAUACUGUCCCUCCUGUUGAAGAGCCUUCUGACGUUGACCCGGAACAAGUAUCUCGCCCGCCGACAUCAGCGCUUCAUUCUGAGCCUACUUCGCAAAAGCUUGGAGAGGAUGUCAAGAGUGCGCUCACGCAGACCGAGAUUCGGUCUCAGCAGACUGGUCCCUCCGUAGGUGACCUCGCCGGCCCUCCUCCAUCCGAUCGACCCGUACCUUCCGAGGAAGCGGCGGAAGGCUCGCAAGAAGCAGUCGAGCUCGCCCUCCGCCAAUGGCAGGCAUCUGGCCAGCCCGAGCGCGGUGCCGAGGACAUGUGGCGCAAGUACGAGUCGCUCACACACGACCUCUCCUACGCGCUCUGCGAGCAGCUCCGCUUGAUCCUAGAACCAACGAUGGCGACGCGCCUCAAGGGCGACUACCGCACGGGGAAGCGCCUGAAUAUGAAGAAGAUCAUCCCCUACAUUGCUAGUGAAUUCACGAAGGACAAGAUCUGGCUGAGGCGGACGCGCCCGAGCCAGCGCGAGUACCAGGUACUCAUCGCGCUCGAUGACUCCCGGUCCAUGGCGGAGUCGCAUUCGGUGCAUCUGGCGUUCCAGACGCUUGCACUCGUCUCGAAAGCUCUAGGCAAGCUGGAAGUCGGUGACGUCGCGAUCGCGAAGUUCGGCGAGACUGUCGAUGUGCUGCAUGGGUUCGACGGAGGACCUUUCACAGACCAGGCCGGGACGAAGGUCAUGAGCGCCUUCCGCUUCGACCAGAGGGCGACCCAGGUACUCUCGCUCGUCCAGACGAGUUUGCGAUUGCUCGAACAAGCCCGGGAAAGACGCGCGAUCAGCUCGUCGUCUGCAAGCGACCUGUGGCAGCUUGAGAUCAUCAUCUCCGACGGCAUAUGCCAGGACCACGAGCGGCUUCGGACGGUGCUGAGGCGCGCGGAGGAGCAGCGCGUUAUGUUCGUUUUCAUCAUCCUCGACUCUCUUCACUCCAAGAGCGUGGCCUCUCAGGCUGGCAUGUCGGGGAAGAACGAAAACUCGAUUCUGUCGAUGAACCAGGUGGCCUACAACAUGGUGGACGGGCGGAUGGACCUGAAGGUGGAACGCUACUUGGACACAUUCCCGUUCGAGUACUAUGUUGUGCUCAGGGACGUGGAAGCAUUGCCGGACGUGCUUUCUGGAACGUUGAAGCAGUUCUUUGAGCGGGUCGCAGAGGCGUGA